CAUAGUUGCUAGGCAAUUUACAAGCUAAAAUGUUGUUUACUUUUUGAAUGUCGAUAAACGAUCCAAACAAUCGAAAAUAAUAAUAAUAUUAAAAGUAAAAUUGAAAAAUAAAUAAUUUAGAUUUUCGCUUGAAUGAAUUGAAAAAGGGACAUUGGAAGACAUUAUCUCGAAAAAUAGAAAGAAAAAGAUAAAAAAAAAAUGGAGAAUAUUGUACAUGAACGUCUAUCGUUUGCUGUUGAGUGGUUCCAAAAAGAGGCUGGGUUAAUGCGACAAUUUUUACUCAACUAUUUUCCAUAUGAUAAAACCAUUGAAAUGUUCGAUCGUCAAAAGAAUAAAACGUUUUUAAAGCGAGUUUGUGUGCCAGAUAUAAACGAAAAAAAUCUCUAUAUCGGCGCUAAAUUAAAUAUAUUCGGACGACAAGUUGUUGUAACAAAAUAUGAAGACGAAUCUACUCGAAGGAAAUUGACAAAUCAACGGCAAAGGGCAUUUGGAAUGAUACCAACCAAGUAUUUAUCAAAAUUAGGUGAAAUUUUUAAAAUUCUCUGCAAUAAUGGAUAUUCGAUUGCAAAUUGUGCCAUGUACGAAUUGACACGGCAGGAUUGUAGUGAAUUGACCGACAUAUUCGGUUUUGGCAUCGAAGAUAUGUGCACGGGUCCAAUGGUCGCUUUCAUUGUAACAGGAAUUAAUGCAUUCGAUCGCUUAAGACAAUUAAUUGCAGGUCCCGAGAAACAAUCGAAUGAUGAAUGUACGGCUGGUCUAAAUUAUGGAAAUGGUGCAAUGACUGAUGCAGUUAUUCAUCCAAACUGUAUUGAAGACAUAACCAAAGUAUGUGAUUUCUUUUUCACCAAUUCAUCGCACGCAAAUAAACUGAAUUUAUGUAAAUCAUUUGAAAAUUCAACAUUGUGCCUAAUAAAACCGCAUGCAAUGCUCGAUGGAAAAUGCGGUGACAUCUUAUUAAAUAUAACAAAUUGUGGAUUCGUAAUCAAAGGAAUGAAAAUGUUCAAUUUGGGCCGUCAAAAUUGUGAAGAAUUCUAUGAAGUAUACAAUGGUGUAUUGCCCGACUAUUUGCAAAUGGUAACUGAAUUGUCUAGUGGGCCAUUUAUUGCCUUGGAAAUUGGUUGUUCCAAUCCAAAUGAAUCUCCAUAUCAAUCGUUUCGACAGCUAUGUGGCCCAUUUGAUCCGGAAAUUGCCCGAGAAAUCCGUCCGAAAACACUGCGAGCGCAGUUUGGUGUAAAUGUUAUCAAAAAUGCAGUGCACUGUACUGAUUUAGAUGAUGACUGUUUACUUGAAGUUGAAUAUUUUUUUAAGAUUUUAUCACAAUAGAAGUGGACAAUUUUGUUGUUUUUUUUUAUUGAAAAUCUUCGAAAUAGACUUAGCAUAAGCGAAUGAAGUUACAUGAGUUUUUAAUGUACAAACUGAA